AUGUUUGAAGAACCAAUUAUGGAAUCUAUGCUUGAUCAUAAUUAACAUCUAACUCUAGAUCAAAAGUUGCAAACAAUGAACUUUCCUCUUAAAACUCUUUCAGAAGUCAAAGAGAAAUACAAAUACUAAAUUGAUUAUUCAACAUUAUAAGAGAGAAAAUUUAAUCUUAGAAAAACUCGAUAGCCUAUCAUUAUAUUUUCUUCAGCUGAGAUUGAAAUACCUCUCCCAAGAACUGAAGUAAGGGUUAAAUCAGUGAUAUCUCCAGAAAUUAAUUAAAGUCUCUUAUUUGUUUCUGUAUAGCCUAAUAAUACAAAAAGUAGAAGCUUAGGUUUCAGAAAAAAGCGCUAAUGAA